AUGUACCUAUUGCAGAAUACACGUAUGCUUAUCGUUGUCAUUUUACUGUUUUUAUUCACUGAAAUCCCAGCGGCAAUGAUAUUUGCAACACAUGUGGGCGCAGUUGGCUUUCGCAUCAAUGCCAUUCUACAGUACUACGAUGUGAUAAACAAACUACUAAUUAUAAGGAAUAUUCUUAUUGUAGUAUCUUAUCCGUUCCGUUUCGCAGUCUACUGUGGUAUGUCGCAGCAAUUUAGGAGUGUCGUCCGAAGCAUGUUUUUAAAUAAGGUUCCGUUUUUUAUCCAUCUCAAAAUACCAAUGUCAGUAUAG